GUCACACGACUUAUCAUGUGACUUGAGCUUGCUCGCUUGAUAUGUGUUUACAAGUGUGUUAAUGUGUUGUUUUUGGUCAAUGUUACGUUCCAAGUUUAAGAUUUAAAUGUAAAUAUACAUUUUAGUAUAUUCUAGGUCUAAAUACCAAGAAAGGACGUUUGCGUAAAGUCAUUAUGUUCUAGAUUCUAAUUAAUGUAGACUAGAACUCUUGAUCUAGACAGCAGAGACUCAUGGGAAAUAUCUGUGACUGCUUCAAGGACCAUAAGCCACCAUAUGAACCUACCUCUAGGACGCCACUUUUGUCAGCACAGUCUGGUCCAGUGAACUCCCAACCAGCCACAAAUAAUGUUGGUUCUUCAGCUCGGAAAAAUAAGCUGGUACAGCAGGAGCUAGCUUCAUCUCUGGAACAUCUGACAGCCAUUAGUUUGGCUCCUGUGAAAACUGUAGCCACACUGGAUAAAACUUUUCAGGAUCACAGUAAGCUUUACAAUGACUUGUAUAACAACUUUUAUGAACUGAGGAAAUGCUUGUUUGAGUUCAAGAGUAAAUUUGUCUCUGAGACUGCUGGGAUACCAACAAUUGUUGACUGUCUGAAAGUUUUAUCCAAGAGAUGUGGUGGAGCUCAUCUGACUGGAUCCAGGACCAAAAACUGCAUACAGAUUGUGUAUGAUAAGCGAGAGGUGUCAGAGAAGUGUGAAGGUCCACCAGAAGAAGUUGUAGAGAUACUGGAGCUGUAUAACAGAACCAAUAAACUCAUUAAGAACAUUCUGGAUAAGGCUUCACAGGUAUCAAGUUCUAUACAGCUAGUUCUAGAGGAGGAGCAGAAACUGAAAAGGGAGGUAACCAAAGCGGACCCUGAUGGUAAACUUGGCCCUGAACCUUUAAAGACUACUGGAGAAAAUUUUAUCAAACUCCACAAAGUACCAGAAUACAUAGAUACCAUUCAAAAAUAUACCAACAAGGCUUUUGUGGAGAUUAUGAGUGGUUCUAAAGCUUUGUUUGAAGAAACCUGAUUUUUUUGUGUUGUUUUGUAUUAGCUAAGACAUUAUUGUAAGAAACAAAUGAAGACAAAUACACAUAGGACAUAUGAUUAACUAAUUGCAGGACAUAGGAUUAACUAAUUUCAGGACAUAGGAUUAACUAAUUGCAGUAAGGUCAUCCUUAUCAUCUAUUCUGCUAUUUGCUUCUUUUAUGAUUAGUUUUGUGUGUUAGGGUUGACAAUGUAGAGUUAGGAAGUGGAAAGUCAAAUGACAUCUAUAAAUGCCAUUUGCUCAAUCACUUCCUACAGUAGAUAUACCAAAGCAUUAUAUAUAUCUUUUAAAAUCAUUGUCAGAAAAGAUACACAGAAUCAUAGGUCAGAAAAAUGGAAAAAAAGAAUUGAUUGAUUACUUUAAAAAACAUUAGUUAACUUAUGUGCUACUAUAAAAACAUAAGUUAACUUAUGUGCUACUUUAAAAAGCAUUAGUUGCCUUAUGUGCUACUUUAAAAAACAAUAAUUACAUUAUGUGCUACUGAUGGACCAAGAAUCUUCAUGAUAUACUGUGAAUUUAUAUGAUGGAAACAUCAAUAUCAAUACCUUAUGUCCAUAAAUAGUUAAAUUAUCUAUUUUUUUUAAUGUGUAAUGCAAUUCAUAAAAAAAAUAUUUUCUUUUCUUUUUUUUUUUACCAUCUUCUACCUUUUUAAGUGUGUUCAAAUUACUAUAAUAAAUUUAUAUAAAUUUUACUUCUCUGUAAAAGUUUUUUUUUAAAACCCACUUAGAAUAGAUUGUUAGAGUGUUAAAUAUCAUGUUUAAUUAUUCUGAUUGUCUUCCAUCUUGUUAUAUAUGUUUAACGUCUUCCUGUUUUAAUUUUUUUUUUUGGAACGUUUUGAUUUGCCAUAUUUCUUAUACAGUAAAAGCAGUAUUACAAAUGUUAUUAUCAUUUUGUAACAUAAAAGACAUCAAGUUAUUUUGGAAAUUCAUCAAUUUUGAUGAGAAAUGAUACAAUUUUUUAAAAUAUAUAAAUGUUAUAAACAUGCACAUGUUUUGACCACUACAAGUUUCAGAAUUGGAGUCAAAAGAAGGUUGUUUUGUUAAUAUCAAGUUACCAUAAAAAUCUAUAUGUUUCAUUAGAUGGCUGCCAUAAUAUGUCAUGGAGUUCCAGUUGAUGGUGUUUUAUGUUUGAAUCCUUUCCACCCCUCAUCCCCUGCUGUUCUGCUGGAGGUUUGGGCUUGAAUGUUAUUCUUUUCAAAUCUGAGGGAACAUUGUGAAGAAAAAAACACAAUAUUUCACACAAUUCUAUUGUUUUGAUAUUGUCAUCAUAAAUUUCACAAAAGUCUCCAUUUGUUAUGUUUUUUUGCUUAUUAAGCAGAGAUAAUGUCAUAAGAUAAUGAAGUAAGUAUACAUAUUCUAUACUUGAAAAAUGUGAUAUCAUCUUCAAUUCUCAAACCCCUAACAACCACUAAUUGAAAUUUUCUUUUAAAUAGGAAAAUUAUUAUUGUUUUUUUUUAAAUGUUUGUACCAACUGGCAAUAUUUGAUGUGAUGGCAAAGUGUUGCUGGCCACAAAAAAAUCCUUAGUCUAUAUUUUACAACAAAAUUAAAACUCUAAUUAAAAUUGAUCUUCAUUUUUUUCAACCUGAACUGAUAUGCAUUUUAUUCUGUGAUAUUUUACUUUAUUUGAAUCAGUUUGUGUGUAUAAACAGUAUAAACAAUUUGAAUACUUGUAUUUGUUAUGUUAUAUUUUUUUUCUUUGAGUUUUUCGUAGCAUUCAGAUUGAAUAAUGAACAAUGUUACUUUUCUAUUUUUUUUUCCAAUUAAUGAAACCAUAUGAUUUCUUGUUCAUUAUUUUCUUUUAGAAAUUUUUAUUGUCUAAAUUAUCAUCAUUUUAUAUGGAGGCUAAUUUGUGAUGAAAUGUAAAACAAGAACUACUCUUUCAGAACUGAAGGACUGCACUAUGAACUAAAGAUGUGCCACAAAUCACAAUCUCAGCUUGCCUGUAAGAAGAUCCUUACGAUAAUUGGUGCAUCUCUUAUUUAUAAAUCUUAUUUAUAAAACUAAAAUGUUAUUUAUUUAGAAUAUGCAUCCUCUGUUUAAAAAAAAAGUAAAGUACCCCUUUCAGAUCUUGUGAUCUAUAGGGCAGAUGAUGUUAAGGUCAUCUGUUUAUUUGGCCAACGGUUAAUGAGCAGGGUGUUAUGUGGCCAGCACAUCGACUAACCGCCUUUACUUUCCCCAACUAAAGUCAGGUACCCUUUAGAGUUGGGUGGAUUCUGGGGCGCCCUAAAAAUCCCAGAAUUCAAAAUCAGUCUUCACUGAGAUUUGUACCCAGGACCCCAAAUUCGGAAGCCAAGCGCUUAACCACUCAGCCAUUGCUCCUCAUCCUCUAUUUGGGAUUCCUCAAUUCCAGAAAACAUUAAGAAACUGGAACAGACACAAAAUAGAGCAGUUAGAUUCAUAACGAACGAAUAUUACCCAAAUGGGCCGGUAGGACCACCUUAUCGGCCUCAUGAAUGCCACUAUAGAACUUAUUAAAUUGUUAAAGGUUUUAUAAUAUUCUCUUGUAAACGGGGCCCUCUGAGCGUCGUGUUAAAAAAGUCUUCAACAGUCUCUACAGUGAAAUGCUAAUUUAAGCUUACACAUUUUCCGAAAAGCAACAUAAGGCCUACUAUAUUUCUUCAAAAGAUACAGAGUUCAUUGUAUGCAUGCGCUCAGUUAUCGACACAUUAUCAUACUUAACAAAAUGAUUUUGAGGACAGGUAGAUCUAGAAUAGGAUGGCCAGAUUGUAUAGAAAUGCCCGGGCCGAUUUUAAUACCCAGUCCGCCACUGCUAGAACUAUUAAAUGAUGGAAUGGGUUGCCUGAGUCAGCCAGGAAAACCAAUGACUUGACAGAAGGGACCACAGUCAGAGAUGAGAUGACAGAAUUUGUCAUUGAUUAACAUCCAUGAUUGUAUUUACCUAAGGACACGCGCAAGUCAUAAUCAUAUUCUUUUUUGAAGUAACGUCUGUAUUUUAUAAGAUAAGAUAAUCCAACACUGAAAGAAGAAUAAGUUAGACUGUAUCUGCAAUAGAGUAGCCAACUAGUCCCUGACAAGAGCUUAAAUAAAUGUAUUCUGGAGAUUGAAAAUUGACAUUCAUUCAUUGCAACGUUUGUGUCAUUAAUACAUAUAUUUGUUUGUAUUAAUUAGCUUAUAUUCUCUCUGAGAUUUGAUCUAUAUUUAGACUAUUGUUAAUGCUUUGUUAUGGACAACUUAUGGAAAUAAAAAUAUUUAAAGUUA